AUGAGCACGACGAUCUGGAUCGAUCCGAAAAAGUCAACGGAAACAAUGAAUUCUAAUUAUUCGAAAACUCGUCGUGCCUUCCAGGAUGCCGUUUACGAAGCAAAUCCGGCCUUGAAAACGAUUCUCCGCGAGCCCCGGUUGGCAGAGUCGUGCGCGCAGUACGCGCCCUCGAAGAAGCGCGUCUCCAUUGCCUCCAGUUUCGGCAAUUCAGGAGAUUAUGCAACUUUCGAGAAACCUGGAGACAGGCAGACGCCAGACCGUGACCCAGAGUACACCGAGUACACGUCAAGCCAAUUUGCACCGCGAGUCCCGACGACAAGAGGUGCUGGUGAGGCGGUCGAGGAGUUUGGCGGUACGGGAAGGACCCCCGAGAAAGUGAAAAGCCAGGAGAGUUUGGGGAAUUUCGAGAACGCGCGUCGUUUCGUGCAACGCCGCAGUGCGAGGGAGUUUUUCAACGCUAGAAGCAUUCUGAGACGAAACUCAGCGGCAAGCGACAUUCUGAGUGAAGCCGAGCGGAUGAGAGGACUGGCGGGAUUGGGGCGAGAUGGACGCCACGAGAAGACGAACGACUUCCUCUCUUUGCUGGAAAAGAUGCAGAGUCAACGGUUGGACGAGCAACGCUGCGAGAUGCCCGAAAUACAUCUUAGC